AUCUAUCAUAUAAGAAAAGUCUACCAUUUGGGACUUUCUUAGGCUAUCCACAUCAGCAACUCUUCUAUGGUUGAUCCACAUCAGCAUCCUCAAAACAGCCUCAAUCGUUCUUCAAUUUCCACUCUCUUCAUCGUAACUGCCCUUCAACCAUUCUCUUCCAAAUUCCCAAAACGGUUCUCAAAUCAUUUUUCCUCAUAACUGUCCUUCAACCAUUCUCUUCCAAAUUCCCAAAACGGUUCUCAAAUCAUUUUUCCUCAUAACUGCCCUUCAACCAUCCUCUUCCAAAUUCUCAAACCGUUUACAAUCCACAAUCCAUUGCGUUUCUGUUUUUUAUGGCAGAUUCUUCGCUCUCCUAUUUUUCUCUUUCUCACUAUCAAUCCUGAUUCUCGAUCCUGAUAUUUUGCUUCCUUCCAUUGCUUGCGCUUCCGCUGCUUCCUCCAAAGGCGUCGAGGUUCUCGAUGUCAAUACAGAAGCUUGAUCUGCAGACAAAUCACGAUACAUAACGUAUCCAACCCAAAACGCGAAAGAGAUUUGAAGAAAAUACCGGUCUGUUAUGGGAGCACAAAAUCGAGAUUUAAUUAAAAAUCAUAGUGAAAAUAUCAACCACAAAAUACAGCAAGAAUCAAUCAGAUGCACAAUUCAAUUUUAUUUAGAUUCAAACACAAUAAAGCAGAGCAACAAUAAUUCGAGUGAAUUUUACAGGGAAGGGUUCAAAAUAACUCAAUACGAAAUUGGAAUUUCAUCACAAUAAAGAUGAAACUCUCAAUUAGCAGAGGUUGCCCUUAGUGACGGUAUGCACUUAGCUUCUGCUGUCUUUAUGAUUAUGCAAAACAGAAUUCGGGAUCUUUGAGAUCUGCUGUUGGAACCGUCGAAGGUACUAUUACUACAGUUAUUGGUCGUGUUUAUCACAAAUUCAAGCCUCUCCCUCAAGAUGUCCUCCUUUUUUUUUACAAUAAGAGAGAGCAGUGAAGAAGGUGAAAUUGUCCAAGGCUCUUACAAUUCUUGAUGGGACGACGGUUUCUGAUGCGUGUAGAUGAAUGGCGACUCGCCUGUUAGAUUUGAUUCUUUAUAUACUCUUUUUGAAAUUGUUAGACGGGGAUUGGGAAGACGUAUACUAUGUGGGGUCCUGCCAAUUCUUUGGCUGAAGCAAAAGAGCAACAAGAACUUACACCCCGUGUUUUUGAAAGACUGUUUCCGCGCAUAAAAGAAGAGCAAACAAAGCAUUCUGAUCAACAGUUCAAUUAUCAGUGCAACUGCUCUUUUCUUGAGAUAUACAAUGAACAAAUCACAUAUUUGUUGGAUCCAAGUCAAAGGAACCUUCAGAUUAGAGAAGAUGUCAAAUCAAGUGUGUAUGUUGAGAAUCUUACAGAGAAUCAAGUGUCUACGAUGGAGGAUGUUACUCAGCUUUUAUUGAAGGUUCAUCGAUGUGAUCAAUAUCGUAAGAACACUGUUGUUGGCAUCCUUCAAGCAGAGCAUGUGGUCAAUAUCACAUGUUUGAGCAAAGGAGGAGGUUUUCACUUCCCACCAUGUCACAUGUUGAAUUUUUGUGGGAUUAGGAUCUUAUUGGAUUGUCCUCUAGAUCUUUCUGCUCUUAUGGCCUUCUCUCCUGUACCUACUUCUUUGGAUGCCUUGCCGUUUGAAGAAAGCAAUAACAAUGAGAAGCGACAGAAAAUUUAAGAUCUCCUUAAAGCUAAAAGCUUAAUUUUUGCAUAACCUUGGUACAAGACUGUUAAUAAUUUGCAUCUAUGGAAUGCCUCUUUAAUUGAUGACAUAUUAAUCUCCAGCCCAAUGGGUAUUAUGGGAUUGCCCUUUCUUACUCGGAAGAAGGGUUUCUCAACUAAGGUAGUUUUCCCUUUCCGCUUGAUGUUACACAAUUUUAUUUAU